GUUCACUCAGGGCUUCAUUCUGCAUCUACAAACAGCUCAGUCAUGUCUGGUCGAGGAAAAGGAGGAAAAGGACUCGGGAAAGGAGGCGCCAAGCGUCACCGCAAAGUUCUCCGUGAUAACAUCCAGGGCAUCACCAAGCCCGCUAUCCGCCGUCUUGCCCGUCGUGGCGGUGUGAAGCGUAUCUCCGGUCUGAUCUACGAGGAGACCCGCGGUGUCCUCAAGGUGUUCCUGGAGAACGUGAUCCGUGAUGCCGUCACCUACACCGAGCACGCCAAGAGGAAGACCGUCACCGCCAUGGAUGUUGUCUACGCUCUGAAGAGGCAGGGACGCACCCUGUACGGCUUCGGCGGUUAUACAUACGCAUCGAAUCUCAUCAUGCCUGAAGUAGCAAAACCCGCGCCCAAGAAGGGCUCCAAGAAAGCAGUUUCCAAGGUCGCAGUUAAGGGCGGAAAGAAGCGCCGCAAGUCCAGGAAGGAGAGCUAUGCCAUCUACGUCUACAAGGUGCUGAAGCAGGUUCACCCCGACACCGGCAUCUCCUCCAAGGCGAUGGGGAUCAUGAACUCCUUCGUCAACGACAUCUUCGAGCGUAUCGCUGGUGAAGCCUCUCGCCUGGCUCACUACAACAAACGCCGCACCAUCACCUCCAGGGAGAUCCAGACCGCCGUCCGCCUGCUGCUCCCCGGUGAGCUGGCAAAGCACGCCGUGUCUGAGGGCACCAAGGCGGUGACCAAGUACACCAGCUCCAAUGUGAGCGACCUCAUCGUCAAAGCCGUGUCCGCCUCCAAAGAGCGCAGCGGAGUUUCUCUGCCGGCGCUUAAGAAACUCUUGGCCGCCGACGGCUACGACGUGGAGAAGAAAAACUCCCGUGUCAAGACCGCCUUGAAGAAUCUGUUGGAAAAGGGAACCCUGGUCCAUACCAAGGGCAACGGAGCUUCUGGUUCUUUUAAGAUCAGCAAAGAGGAAAAGAAGCCAUUAACUAAGCCUGCUGCCCCUAAAGCUAAGAAGAACGCUGCCAAGAAGCCCGCCGCCGUCGAGAAGUCUCCCCAAAAGGUGAAGACACCACGGAGUGUUACCCCCAAGAAGGCCCAAAAGCCCGCUGCGGCCAAAAAGUCCCCGAUCAAGAAAAGCCCCAAGAAGGUUGUAGCCAAGACUCUAAAGAAGGCGCCCAAGCCUGUCGUUAAGAAAUCUCCCGCAAAGAAAUCCCCGGGGAAGAAGGCAUCUAAGCCCAAAGCCGUCAAGAAGACGGCCCCAAAGAAGAAUGGGCGGAGUCACGCUGAAAUGGCAAGAACCAAGCAGACCGCUCGUAAGUCCACCGGUGGCAAAGCCCCCAGGAAGCAGCUCGCCACUAAGGCUGCCCGAAAGAGCGCCCCGGCCACCGGCGGCGUGAAGAAGCCCCAUCGUUACAGGCCCGGGACCGUGGCCUUGAGGGAGAUCCGUAGGUACCAGAAGUCCACCGAGCUGCUGAUCCGCAAACUGCCCUUCCAGCGCCUGGUGAGGGAGAUCGCUCAGGACUUCAAGACCGACCUGCGCUUCCAGAGCUCCGCCGUCAUGGCUCUUCAGGAGGCCAGCGAGGCUUACCUGGUUGGUCUGUUCGAGGACACCAACCUGUGCGCCAUCCACGCCAAGAGGUCAAUCAUGUCUGGUCGAGGAAAAGGAGGAAAAGGACUCGGGAAAGGAGGCGCCAAGCGUCACCGUAAAGUUCUCCGUGAUAACAUCCAGGGCAUCACCAAGCCCGCUAUCCGCCGUCUUGCCCGUCGUGGCGGUGUGAAGCGUAUCUCCGGUCUGAUCUACGAGGAGACCCGCGGUGUCCUCAAGGUGUUCCUGGAGAACGUGAUCCGUGAUGCCGUCACCUACACCGAGCACGCCAAGAGGAAGACCGUCACCGCCAUGGAUGUUGUCUACGCUCUGAAGAGGCAGGGACGCACCCUGUACGGCUUCGGCGGUUAAACCCUCUCCUCCAACCCUAAACCCAAAGGCUCUUUUAAGAGCCACCUAAAUACUUGUUGAAGAAUUACUCCUACCAAUAAUGAAUGUAUAUUUGCAAUGAAGAAUAAGCUGAACAUUUUUACACGUUUGAUGACAAUGUUCAAUAUCUGCCACACAUGAA